AUGCAUUUAACAUCGCCUCUUUACACUAUCCUCUUGCUCUGCACAGCUGCAGCUGCAGGUUCCUGUCACCUAUCAUCUGCAAAGAUCGCAAGAUGCAUUGAGAAGCCGUCUAUCAACGCCACAGCGCAUAACUACCCAGGCUCUCCUUUAUCAGCUCACAGCACAACAUAUCCAUACAACGUCACCUGUCUCAACGAUGUUCCUGUUGCUGCAUCAGCCUGCAGGUCCACUGAUCCUGACGAAGCUCUGGCAUGUGCGCGCAAAUUCAUCGAUGCCAUCGACGAGCAGAUCAGCUUUCUCUACGCUCGUCGUCUAGGCUACGCUGCAGUUGCAGGAGCAGCCAAGUUCAACAAUGGCACGGCUUUGAAUGACCCCACCAGGAACCAGGCCGUUGCUGCCGGAAUGGCUGCCAGGGUUCUCAAGUACGGAGGCAGCGAGGAGACUGGCAGGAUCAUGGGUGGUGAAGGAUGUCAGAUCUAUGCUAGUCUUGAGUAUGAGGCUCAGCAAAUUCAGAACUGCGGUGGAAAGUUGAACGAGACCUUCGAGAGGGUCUGCAAGUGA